AUGUCAAAGAAAGAGGUAGAUACAGGUCGUUCUAUUCAUCGAGUUGAUUUAUCAUUGCCAGUUGUUCAAACGGAUUCAUACGAAAUUUUUUAUACUAUACCUCCUCAACAAACUUCACGUACAACAUUACCUCGUAAGCCACUUGUUGAUAAUCAUAGAAAAGCAUUAGAUCAAACAUCGAGACUUCGAACAUCGGCUCGUCUGAAACAACUGAUGGGUCCUGUAUUUGUUAAAGUAUUUGUUGAUACAAAUACAAUGACAGCUGAAUCAAUAUCGACUAUGGGUGAUAGUACAUCAAAUCCAUUGAUGAAUUCAAGUUAUUCGAAUCGAGCACCAAAAGGUUUACCGAUGAUACAUAAAGUUCAAAAACAAAAAAAUACGAAAGAUGAUUGUAAUCGAUCACGAUCAUCAUCCGAUGAUAGACUUCUUUAUGAAUCAUUUGGUUCAUUCGAUACUGCUUGUAAUGUACAUAAAGCACAAAGUAAUAAUAUGUGGCAAAAUAUUCACCAUCCACAACUAUCAUCAACAAAGGCUUUACAUUUAAGAACCAAUUCAAAACGUUCACUAGCUUCAAAUGAGACACAACUCAAAACAACAAAUACAAAAUCAUUCGAAAAUUUAUCACACGAAUCGGCUGCAUCAACUAAUGAACAAUUAUAUGAAAAAAUUGAACAAUUCACAAAAACUUAUUUUCCAAUAAUACAAAAAAUUCGUCACAGUUGUCAAUGUCCAGAAUCAACGAAUAAUCGAAACAAUUUAAAUCGUGAACGAAGCCGAAAUUUUAUGCCGAUUCUAUCAAGAACACGUGUUGUUCGAUAG